GAGAGAGUAUGAACCUACACUAUAUUAUUAAAAUAAAAAUAAUAAUCAAACCUAAAAGAUGCUCCUAAAAGGAAGAUAACCUAAAAGGAACUUUGGUUUACUUUUUUUAUAUUUAAUUUUUUGCUCUUAUUUCUCUUUUUUUUUUGCAGGAUAAGUGAAAGGAAUGAAGCCCAUACAGCCAGCACAUAUAUAUUUACUUUAUUUUUCAUAAUAAUAACGCCAGUACGUCAGUAAUAUUAAGUACAUACCACUUUUACAGAUAGUUUGUAUUAUUUUGUUAUAAAAGAGUGUCAAAGUGACGUAAUCACAAAAUUUUUGUUAAACGUUUGUUGUAUAAUAGGUAUAUAAAAAUAUAAAUUUAUAAAAAGCACAUUACGUAAAUGGCAAGAGCAGCAAGAAUAGCGCUUGACCUAGCUCUUGCAUCUAGUAAGGCACUAAGACCGACUUUAGGACAUGCUUGGCAAUAUGCUAAAACAGAGGUAGCGCCCCCAAUGACACUUGGCUUUUUCCAUGGACCUAGGGGAAAAGCUAUGGAAAAUAGUGUAUCAAAAUUUGCCGAUGAGUUUAUAGCAGGCAUAGAAAGCAAAAUAAAUGAAAUGGAUGCAGAAAAAUUAAGAAAUGUGAAAGAAAAAAAUUUUGCUGUUAAAGCAGUACAAGAAACAGCAAAAACUGCAGCAAAGGCGAAAGAAGAUGAUAGAAAACGAGAAGAAGAACAAAAGAAAAAACAAGCAGAAAAAGCUGCUCAAGAAAAAGCUAAAAAAGAAAAGAAACUUGAACCAAAAGCAGAAAAACAAAGUGCAACUAUAAAAGAAGUCGAGAAGAAAUCAGAAAAAAAAAGUAACAACAAAUCAUAGACGUUGCUAAAUACAAAGGUUCAGCUAAUUAAAUAAAAUUAAU